AUGGAUUCCCUGGAGGUCCCUCCUCUCACCCCCACCAGUAAGGAGGUCCUCAGCCAGGCGGUGAAGGCCAGUUUCGCUGGGUUUGCCCAGGAGAGAAUCAUCCAUCACUUCCCACAGGAUCCCACCCUGUGGUCAGAGUGGGAGGUAAACUACUGGCUGGACUGGUGCCAGGCGGAGUUUGGGCUCCAGGGCCUGGGCCCCGACCUGCGGGGCCUGCAGGGCGGUGAGCUGUGCAGCCUGCAGAGAGAGGCCUUCCUGGGCCUGAUGUCCGACUGCACCGCGGGGGAGAUCCUGUGGGAGCACCUGGAGACCAUGAGGAGAGAGAAUGAGUUUGACUUCAGUUCUUCACUACCCACCUGCACUAUACCGUCGUACUGCCAGCUUCAAAUCAGCAAAGAAAGCUUCUCAGACUACAUCCAGGAGCACUCAGAGAAGAACAGUUACCAUGUUCAGUUUCAUCCCGCUGAGAGGACGGAGCUGCACACUCUGCGCCCGGUCACCAUGCAACAUAAGGACUACUAUCUGAUCACAACGGAAGAUCCCAGCAGGAACCUGACCGCUGCUGCCGGACUGCAGGAGACAGGAGGGAACGGAGAGACUGACUCCGAAGUGGAGAUUGCCCACAGUGACGACUCUGACGUUGGUGGCUCCUUGUUAUGGACUGCUCCACUUCAGGAUAUAGAGUCAAUGACAGAAGAGAGCAUGUAUCAUGACAUCUUCACCCUACCCUACCCACACAGGAGCUUCAAAGAAUAUAUAGGCAACAAAACCGAUCUGAGCAGAGCCGUGAUACCAGCAGCUAUCCUCGCUGGGUACACGGGAAGUGGUCCCAUUCAGCUGUGGCAGUUCCUGCUGGAGCUUCUGACGGACCGCAACUGUCAGUCAUGUAUAAGCUGGACUGGAGAUGGCUGGGAGUUCAAGCUGACGGACCCUGAUGAGGUGGCCUUGCUGUGGGGUCAGAGGAAGAACAAACCCAAGAUGAACUAUGAGAAGCUCAGUCGCGGUCUCAGAUACUACUACGACAAGAACAUCAUCCGCAAGACAGCAGGCAAACGCUACGUCUACCGCUUUGUGUGCAACCUGCAAGGCCUGCUGGGAUAUGAGCCUGGGGAGCUGCACGCCAUGUUGGACAUAAGUAACAAGAAUCACUUAUGACCACUGGCAGCAGGAGCAAAGAGACACCUUUUUAUAUGGGACACUUCAGUGUAAACUUUUUUUUACCAGCUACCUUGAUAAUGAGAACCCGAUA